UUCCCUGAAACGACGCUUCCGUUGCAAACCGUCUCAACAAACUUCAAAACAAAAACCCCUUUUUCUUUUUCACUUUCUUUACUGUUUCAACAAUGGCCAUGGCUUCUCCUUCUUCAAGAACCCAAACGUCGCCGCGGUCGUAUUCGUCGGCGUUCGCCUCCUCCUCGGCGGCGAAUUUCGCUCUCCGGACUUCACCUUUCAUGAAACGCGCGGAGAAUAUUAAACUUCACGGCCAUCGUUCGUUGCCGCCGUCUCCGUCCUCCUCCGUCAGAUUCUCCGUGGAGCAACGACCGGCGUCCCCCGGGCGGCGGUCGAUGACGGUGACGAAGAAACAUAUGAACAACAACGUGGUGACGUCAUCGUCGACGCCGAGUGAUCAGAAGAGGACGUGCAUGUGUUCCCCAACGACACACCCUGGGUCGUUCCGGUGCGGGUAUCACAAACGGAUGGCGGAGCAACAGCAGCAGCGGCGGCAGCAAACGGCGUCGUCGAGCGGUAGCAAGCUGAACCUUAGAAGAUCGGCGAUGAAGAACUCGCUGGUGAGGAUCGGAGGAGUGGAGGGUGAGCUUGUGAGGAGGACUUUAACCACCUUGAUUAGACCCUCCUCGCACCACCUCUGCCGCCGGGAAACAUUUCAGCCGAGGCCGAGCCGGCUCUCCCUCAUGUCUAAUGCCCAAGACUCUUGAAUUCGAACUCUUUCGUUCAAUUUUUUUUUUUUUUUUUUUUCUUUUUAGGGUUUGGUUCCCUCAAUCAAUCUUUAUUCUUCUGUGUUGUCAGAAUACGUGGCACGCUCUCAACUAUCGACUUUGGAGAAAAACUUCA